AGCGAGAAGAGCGCUACUCCCUCUCGUAAGCAAGUAAAGAAAAGUGUAUUGCUGUCAGUGUCGACGAACGAAGUUCGCUCGGCAGAGAGAAAACAUUGUAAGAGUAGGGUGAUCACGCUGCUCCGUAUGACAAACGGGGCUGUCAUAUUCUACCAAAGCGUACCUUUAUCCCCGAAACCUUAAAAGACAUUAGCGCAACAAUGGCGAUGGGAAAAGGGUUUCGCGUCUACGCAAAAUUAAAGCCUCAUUCGAUCAUAUUAGAACAACGAAAUCGAAAGGAAACUAUUCUUUUCGAAUCACAUGCCGUUGCUGUUCUCUCUCCUGAGGAGACUGAGACUUUAAAAUGGAAAUACACAAAAUUAUUAGAUGCAUAUGGAUGUUUAGGUGUAUUACAAUUAAAUGCAGGAGAAAAUACUUUAUUGUAUCUUGUCCUUGUAACUGGAUGUUUUUCGGUUGGCAAGAUAGGGGAGUCAGAAGUGUUUAGGAUUACACAGACCUAUUUUCUACCACUUCAUUACAUACAAGGCAGUGAGGAUCGUGUAUCUGAAGUUAGGAAAGUUCUUAAUUCUGGUACAUUUUACUUUUCUUGGUCUGCUAGUCAUCAAGAACCCCUUGACAUUACUCUUAGUGCACAAAGACGAUGCAAAUCUACUGUAACUGACAACAGAUUCUUUUGGAAUCGGAUGCUAUACAUACAUUUAUUAAGAUAUGGUGUGGACACAAAUCAUUGGUUACUUAAAGCAAUGUGUGGUAGUGUGGAAAUUAGAACUGUAUAUGUUGGUCAUAGACAAGCUCGAGCUGUUCUUGUAUCUAGAUUGAGUUGUGAACGUGCAGGCACAAGGUUUAAUGUCAGAGGAACUAAUGAUGAUGGACAUGUAGCAAAUUUUGUAGAAACAGAGCAAGUAAUAUAUUUAGAUAAUGAAAUAACUUCCUAUGUGCAAACCAGAGGAUCGGUUCCUUUGUUUUGGGAACAACCUGGUAUUCAGGUUGGUUCUCAUAAAGUAAAAAUUUCGCGUGAAUUUGAGGCUUCUGCACCAGCUUUUAAUAGACAUUUGAACAUGAUUAAACAAAGGUAUGGGCAGCAAGUAAUUGUAAAUCUUCUUGGCUCUAGUCUGAUUGGUAGCAAAGAAGGAGAAGCAAUGUUGAGUCAGUUAUUCCAGACUCAUCAUAAUAUGUCAGAACAUAAAGACGUACCUCAUAUUUUAUUUGACUACCAUCAAGAAUGUAGAGGUGGUAACAUGAAGAAUCUUUCAAAGCUCAAAGCAAAAGUAGAAAAAUAUUUAGAAUCAUUUUCGUUAUUUUAUGCUGCCGGUAACACCGUUAUUCUCGAACAAAGUGGAACUAUUAGAACAAAUUGUCUCGAUUGUUUGGACAGAACUAAUUGUGUGCAAACAUUCUUUGCAUUGGAGAUACUUGGUAAACAACUUGAAUUAUUAAAGUUGCUUGAGAAGCAACAGAUAGUUUCAAGAUUCGAAGAAGUAUUUAGACAAAUGUGGAUCAAUAAUGGUAACGAAGUAAGCAAAAUAUACGCCGGUACUGGAGCAAUUCAGGGAAGUUCGAAAUUAAUGGAUGGUGCAAGAUCUGCCGCUAGAACGAUACAAAAUAAUUUAUUAGAUUCCAGUAAACAAGAAGCUAUUGAUAUCUUGCUAUUGGGAUCAACGUUAAACACAGAAUUAGCAGAUAGAGCUCGAUUACUUUUACCAUCUAAUAUGUUACACGCUCCACCGAGCGUUCUCAGAGAAAUGUAUAAAAGAUAUAACGAAUACGUAAAUACGAUGAACCUCAGAGUAGGCGUGGGUACUUAUAACGUUAACGGAGGAAAACAUUUCCGAAGUGUAGUGUACAAAGAGGUCUCCCUUGCUGACUGGUUAUUAGACGCUCCACGAAAAUCAUCAUCUCUAGUAUCAGUUGAAUAUGACAACGUUCCUGUAGAUAUAUUUGCGAUAGGAUUCGAAGAAAUUGUCGACUUAAAUGCUAGUAAUAUAAUGGCUGCUAGUACUGAUAAUGCAAAAAUUUGGGCAGAGGAAUUAAAAAAAGUACUGUCACGAGAUACUGAAUAUGUUCUGAUCACCUAUCAACAAUUAGUUGGUGUUUGUCUCUAUUUAUUCAUACGGCCUAUGCAUGCACCUUAUUUAAGAGAUGUAGCUGUAGACUGUGUUAAAACUGGAUUAGGUGGUACAACAGGUAACAAAGGAGCUGUAGCUAUUAGAUGCGUAUUGUAUUCUACGUCGUUUUGUUUCGUUUGCGCACACUUCGCUGCUGGACAGUCUCAAGUUAACGAACGCAAUGCAGAUUACGCGGAAAUUACGCGAAAGAUUACCUUCCCCAUGGGAAGAACGUUAAAUACUCAUGAUUAUGUAUUUUGGUGUGGAGAUUUUAAUUAUAGAGUCGAUAUGGAUAAAGAAGACAUGAAAGAAAUGAUCAUAAGGAAUGAAUUUGAUAAAAUAUUAAAGCAUGAUCAAUUGUUGGUACAACAGGAGCAGGGAAAUGUUUUUAAAAAAUUUUUGGAGGGUCCUAUUACCUUUGCUCCAACAUAUAAGUACGAUGUUUUCUCCGAUGAUUAUGAUACCAGCGAAAAAUGUCGUCAGCCUGCAUGGACGGAUAGAGUAUUGUGGAAACGCCGGAAACAAGUACCUGAUAUCGAUUCACCUACAGAUUGGAAUCCAGGAAAAUUAAUUCAUUACGGUAGAGCAGAAUUGAAGCAAAGCGAUCAUCGACCGGUCAUUGCCAUUAUCGAUAUAGACAUUCAUUGCGUUAAUCCCGAGAAACGGGAACAAGUGUUCAGGGAUGUUAUUCAAGAUUUGGGUCCUCCUGAUGGCACCAUAGUAGUAAAAGCAGCAGAAGAAUUGGACGAUAUGGAUAGUGUAUUUGACGAAAAUUUCAUGAUGGCACUACUACAAGACUUUUCUCAUAUCGGCGAAGCAAUUCUCGUCAGAUUUGUCGGCGAAACGAUCUGGGUGACAUUUAGAGACGGGCAGUGUGCUUUAUCAGCAGCAUGGAAAGGCAUGACUCAAGUAUGCGGUCAGACCUUGAAAUUAUCUUUAAAAUCUCCGAACUGGGUACAACUAAUUGAGAAAGAAAUAGAGCUCUGCAGUAAUACCACAGUUGGACAAUUUCCUUCGAAUUCUCCGAUAAGGAGCCCGAUGCGUUCCCAAUUGGAACAAUUAGAGAUAGCAGAACGAGCAUCUCCCAGCAGAGGUAGUCCAAACGGAGUAGUUCCACCACCCAGACCAGCUCCACCAGGUCGACCAGCUCAACCACCUAAAAGCCCGAUACAAGACCGGAAACCAGGACCACGUGCUGGUGUAUUCAGCGUGUUACCCAAUCAAUUCUCCGCCAGAGGAAGAGUGGAAGCCGAGCAGAGUGAAAGGUUAUCUCCAGAAUCUGCGAUUUAUGAAGAGAUAUUGGAUGGAUCACCCAGUUACCCGAUACCAAACCGUCCACCACCACCGUUACCUCGCACAGAUCCCUCGCUAGAGGCAUCUAGCAGACCACCCAAUUCUAAACCUCCUCCACUACCACAAAGACAAGCUCCACCUCCUCCUCAACAUCCACCACCUAGUUUACCAACAUUGAAUGCUCCACCACCAAUUCCAGCAAGAACAUCAGGUGGACCACCUAUUCCAGCUAGAAAUCUACAUUAAAUGGUGGUUCAUAUGGUCAUACCGAUGCAAGUUGAAUCGUUAAAUGUCAUUGUGUAGCAAAUUAUUUAUAAAUACCGAUAGAAAUUGGAAACAGUAUAGAUUGCUUCCGCGCAAUGUUGUACAACUGUGUAGCUUACCUGAAACCUCAAGUCUAUUCUGUGAUUAGUCAGACGCAGAUAUUCGGGCACAGUAAGAAUUUAUGCUUCCUAUCAUGCACCUUCCUACAAUACUUUACAUGUAUACAAAUGUAGGAUUUGGGGUUUAUGGAAAAUCGGAACAUGUUCAUAAUACGCUUUUCUUUAUUCGCUCUUUCACACGCAAUUUUACUUUCAUUCACAUCCUUUAACGUUUUGAAUCACUUUGCCCGUUUGGUGACCAACACUUCACGGUUUCCCCGGUGAUUCGUUCGUCAGAUCUAAUCCAUUCGUUUGUCCACACAUACACAUGCGCACAUGCAUGCACGCUUGAUGACAGGUCUCCAGGUCAAUGGCCAAGUACAUAAGCAAAGACUAUCUCAGCUAAUGGAUCAACAACCACGGUUGUCGCCCAUGUCUAUAACGAAAGAAUCGGCCAAAUCGACUGUCGACCGUUGUC